AUGAUAGUCCGCUGCCUGGCCCGCCGGCCGCUUGGGUUGCACGCUGUGGCUGCUGCUGCGACGCGGUCGACGAGACCCGCCCUUGCCCGCAGCCUGUACACGGUUGCAACGCUCGACAACCACGUCGAGCUGCAGCGGCAGGGCGUGCCGGGGCUGCUCACGGCCACGGGCUUCAAGGCUGCCUACACCGACUACCAGCAGCUCAUGCUGGACGAGCUGAACGAGUCGACGGCUGGCACGGCGUUUGAGAACCAGGACACCAAGUCGCUCGUCAUCGAGUUCGCCCGCGACCCCACGCGCGCCUACGCCUUCAACAUUGCCAGCAUGGCAUUCAACAACCACUUCUUCUUCCGCGGCCUCAACGCCAACCCCGCCGUGCAGUCGCAGCCGUCGUCGGAGCUGUCCAUGCAGAUCAUCAAGGACUUCUCCUCGCUCGACACGCUGCGUGAAACCUUCCUCGCUACUGCAGAGUCCAUGUUCGGCCCCGGUUUCAUCUGGCUCGUCCAGACAAACGACACCCAGUUCGGCAGUCUGCGCAUCAUGCCCACCUACCUCGCCGGCUCACCACUAUCCGGCGCACACUACAGGCGCCAGUCGCACGACCUCAACACCCACAACCCCGACUCGUACCAGCAGCUGAACAACGUCGGCUCGUUUGGCUCCGCCGCCAAGCAAAACAUGGGGCCCAAGAAGCCGCUGGGUGGGAUCGACGUCGUGCCGCUGAUGUGCGUAAACACGUGGGAGCACGUCUGGCUACACGACUAUGGCAUCAGGGGGAAGAGGCAGUACCUCGAGGCCUGGUGGGACAGGAUAGACUGGGACUUGGUCAGGCAAAACGCCACCCUCACGUCGAGGCAGGAUCCGGGCGCAAGACAGUUCCACUAUGAUUAA